AUGGAUGCCAGCCGGCAAGUCCGGUCUCGGCCCGUCGAUGCGAGUCCUGCUGGGCCGCAGCUCGGGCCACGACGAGCCCGAAUCUGGGCGCUGAGGUCUAAGCGAAGCAUAGGCUCCCUGCGACCGCAGCCGAGUCGCGAUGCCCCGCCGCCGCGGGUGACGGCGAGGGGCACACCCAACCCGGUUAGUGGACGCGAAUACCAGUCCCUGUUUUCUCUACCGAGCUCAGGUUCCUCUGUUGGGCCGAGGCUGUUCAGUAAGCCCAUGAGCCGCUCAGGUUUACCAGACAUUGUUCGUUUAUGCUCCCUGGCAGACGUUUGUCCUGUUAGUGCCUCUAAGAGUCGGCACAACAUGCGUCUGAUGUGCUACUCGACUGUAAUGAUCCUGUUCUGCAUGGCGGCGCUCAUCUUCCCCAUAGGCUUCUAUAUCAACGAAGUGGGAGGCCAGCCGUACAAGCUGCCCAACAACACGGUGGUCGGCUCCUCGUACGUGCUGUUCGUCCUCUCCAUCUUCUUCACCAUAAGGGGAACCGGAGGGUUUUCUGCCAGCUCGGCUUUAGAGCAGAGUUUAUUCCCGCCCGUCACUUCACACGGCCCCAGGUGUGUGUCUGGGGAGAGCAGCUGUGAGCCCAGCUGUCUGGGCCAGCUCACGGGCCAGCUCACAGGCCGCUGUGGACCAGAGGAAAGGUGCAGGACAUCUAUGGAGCUGUGCGGUCCCAACAUGAGUGAGAGUGGAGGCUCGCUGUGCCAGGUGAAGCAGCUUCCCCGCCACAGUGUCCCCCUUUGUCGCCUGCAGGCCAGCAGUGGACUCCACAUGCACGACCUCCCCCACCUCACCCACCAGCCGUGGGUCAACCACCCGGUCCCUACCGUCGCCUCCAGCCCAGCCAUCCGCCACAGGGCAAAGGGAGCCAUGAUGGCCAGUGGCGGCAGCAGCCAGGAGUGUGCGGCCUCCAGACUGGGAGAGGAGGCGGCGCUGACCCGAGGCAUCUCCACGGGGAAGGUGUUGGUGACGGGAGGAGGGGGAUACUUUGGGUCCAAGCUGGGGAGAGAACUAGCCACUCAGGGGAUGUCAGUGAUCCUUAUGGACAUAAACAAGCCUCCCUGUGAUAUCCCUGAUGGAGUGAUCUUCUAUCAGAGUGACAUCCGGGACUAUUCCUCUCUCUAUAAGGCGUGUGAAGGGGUCGACUGCAUAUUCCACACGGCGUCUUACGGCAUGUCCGGACCAGAACAGCUGAGGAAAGAGCAGGUGGAGUCAGUCAAUGUUGGAGGGACCAAAAAUGUCAUAAACGUGUGUAAGGAGAGGAGCAUCCCCAGGCUGGUGUAUACCAGUACCAUCAAUGCUGUGUUUACUGGGAAACCAAUUGAGGAGUGCGAUGAGGCCACAAUGCCGUAUGUGCCCCCCGACGUACACAUCGACCACUACUCCAGAACUAAAGCGAUUGCGGAGCAGAUGGUCCUCUCUGCCAAUGGAUGCUCCCUGAAAGGGGGAGGCCUGCUUCGGACGUGCGUCCUGCGGCCAUCCGGCAUCUACGGCCCAGAUGAGAGGAGACACCUUCACAGAGUGAUGGUGAAUGUGGAGCGACGGUUGUUUGUUUUCAGGUUUGGUGACCCCCAGGCCAGGAUGAACUGGGUACACGUAGAUAACCUGGUGUUGGCACACACGCUGGCAGCCGAGGGUCUCACACUGCAGAGGAGCUAUGUCUCAAGUGGACAGUCCUAUUUCAUUAAUGAUGGAGUUUCAGUCAAUGUAUUUGAGUGGUUGAGACCAUUGUUUGAAAAUCUGGGCUACAGCGAACCGCUGAUAACCCUUCCUGUUUCAGUCGUCUAUUUAGCAGCCAACUUGGUAGAAUAUUUACACAAAAUUCUGAGACCUGCGAUAGAAGUGCCUCUCCUAUUUACCCAAAGUGAGGUGAGGAGCAUAGCUGUGAGCCACACCUUCAAGAUCGACAAGGCCCGUCGAGAGCUGGGUUACUGUCCAAAGUCCUACAGCCUGGCGGACUGUGUGGACCAGUACCUGAAGACCAGACCGCCUCGCUCCAGCCAGCCUCCUUUCAACCUCUCCUGGACCCCCAAGCUGCCCCGAUACCUCGUCCUGCUGCUGCUGAUGGGUCUCGGCCUGAUGCUACUGAUGCUAUCCUGCAUACUGUCCUAGAAUGAAACACUUUUUCACUGUAAAAAUACUGCACAGCUGCACAAUAAAACUUCAUGUACAUGUGAUUUAUUAAUGAAACUCACCAGAUGCAAUAAAAUACGCCCUAAGAAUAAGUCUUCAGGACGUUAGGUUAUGUCAUUUCUCUGCUUAAUUUUUCAGAUACUGUCAUUUCUUCCACAUUUUUUUGAUGUUUGUAUAUUUGUGUGCCUAAUUGCAAAAGGAAGAAACUACCAGGCUGCUGAAAAGUAUUAAACCUGAGUUGUGUGAAUGUUCUUGUUUUCUCUACAGUUUGAAGGUUACUAUGAUUUUAUUAAAAGGAAAAGAAAUAUCUAACUUUGUAUUACAAAUAUUUCAUUGAUUGCAUUUAAAGUUUACCUCCAGCUUCUGUGGUAAAGAUUUGUUGUGGUUUACGCAUCUUUAGAUUAGUAUUUAAUUAGUAAUUUUGUACUCUUUUUAGCAAAU